UGCCUCACACUUUCUCUGCCUUUCGGAAGAAAAAAGGCAAGGAGCUCAAGGAAAGCAUCAACUAACAAGCGAAGCCAGAAAGAAAUCUAAGCACAACAAUAAUGGUGGUCGCCGGGAACUACUCAGUGCGCAUAGUCAAUGCCGAGACAAAGGAGCCCUUCAAGGAACACACGGGGCCUGACGGAAAGGUCUACGCCGAAGUAGAACCCGAUAUGGAAUACUUCAUUGAGGUCGAAGUCGUUGGAGGAGAUCCUGCUUCUUCUCGGUCUCAAUACAAUAUCAGUGUUGAUGGCAAGAAGCUGCCUUACUGUGGCCACGCAAAAUCUUUUGGAAAAAAGUACAAAGGAAAUUGGUCUCGUGUCAAUGGAGUCGAGACGACGCAAGCUUUUGUUUUUCAGCGUCCAGAAUUUUCCGAGCGCAAGGGUUCUUCGCCUGGUGCCUUGAUGGGUGAUAUCAAGCUUGAGUUCUAUGAAGCCAUCUACAGCGGUACUCGAUCCAAGCUAAAAGACGUAAAACCUGAUUCCUUUCAGGCUGACUCGGUAAGCAGCAGCCUCACCCAUCGCCAAACAAAAAAGGUCCUUCGUUCUGGAACUGGGUCCGUGGUGGAAACCAAGACACGUAACAAAGUUCGCAAAACAUACUCAAAAGGGGCCUUUCUGGAAUCCAUCACAAUCCACUAUUGCACAGCGUUGGGCUUGGUUCAUGCGGGUGUCUUUGGAAAGGUGGACGAUAUUUGGGCCAAAGCGCGGAUUGUCAAUCCUUGGAAACCUUCUUCUGACGGUCAAGAACAAGAACGUCAACAACCCAAGCGAAUCAAGCGUGAAGCGAAAACCGUCAAUGGGGUCAAAGUGGAAGCUCCCAAGGUGCUGGAAGUGUUUGAUCUCACCGGAGAUGAAUAGAUUGAUCAAGCAGACUGGUUGAUGGUCAACUGGAUACGCUGCAUUUCCGCUCAGUGAACAAGCACAAUAAAAACGGACAGCAACAAUAAAAUUUGUCGCUGGUUUGAAAAGGGUGUAAGGAUAUGCCCUGCAAGCCACACAACAAGAUGUAAAAUAGAAGUCUGCAUUCAUUCAUGACUGUCCGGUCUCCAGCCUUCCAUUGCCAGGUCC